AUGUCGGUUAUUCUAGCGUCAGCGGGGUAUGAUUCCACAAUCAAGUUUUGGGAUGCUCUUUCAGGAGCCUGCUCACGAACCGUCCAGGUGGAUUUCCAAGUCAAUACAUUACAAAUCACCAAUGACAAACGGCUCUUGGGUGCUGGAGGAGCCCCUAUUAGAUUAUACGAUCUCAGUCGUUCAAAAAUGAAUCCAAUAAUGUCAUAUGAGGAAAAUACAGUGGUCAGUUCUCUAAUGUUUGCUGCCGAUGAUAAUUGGUUAGUAGCUGCGUCGGAAGAUGGAUCGAUUAAAAUAUGGGAUACAAGGGCCCCACGAUGUCAAAGACACUUUGAAAACGGUUCAGUGGUAAACGAUGUAGUUAUCCAUCCCAACCAGGGGGAAAUAAUGUCGUGUGAUAAAGAUGGCACAGUGAAGGUCUGGGAUUUGAGUGAGGAAAGAGAAACUUAUAGGCUAACGCCCAAUGAAACUAAUCCUGUAUCAUUGAGUUCGCUAUCGGUGGCCUCCAAUGGAUCGAUAUUGGUGACUUCAUCGAAAGAUGGCGAGGUUUAUAUGUGGGCAAUGUCAGAUUUGGCAGCAGGGGACUCUAAAGAGAAGAUGAAGUCUGUGAGGAAAUUAAAGGCCCAUGAUGACUAUUGCACUAGAAUCUUGUUGUCCUCUGAUGCAAAACACUUAGCCACUUGCUCCGCCGAUAGCACUGCGAAAAUCUGGAACACUAGCACAUUUGAUUUAGAAACAGUCUUGGAUAAACAUAAGAAAUGGGUGUGGGAUUGCGCCUUCAGUGCAGACUCGGCUUAUCUUGUUACAGCCUCUUCGGAUAAUUAUGUGAGACUAUGGGAUUUGGCAACUAAUGAAGUGGUAAGAGAGUAUGGAGGAAUGAGUGGUCAUCAAAAGCCUGUGACCUGUUGUGCGUUGAACGAUAUUUGA